CGGANAUUGUCUGAAAGUGAAUCUACAAAUUCUAAAUCAAUUGAAAGCAUUGGAUCCUACAAGUUCAAGGGUGUUAAGGUGGUCCCUCUGGAGGAUAGUGGUGUUAUAGAGGAGCCUGAAAUUGAUAACUCUGAACAGGAUGAUGAACAACUUCAGUCUAAUGAUAUAGGAGAAAAAUAUGAGAAUUAUUUGACUGUUCUGAACGGGGACAAUGAUAUAAUGAGAAAAUGCAAAGUGGUAGAGGAGAUGAGGCAUUUGCUAAAGGAUGAUGCAGAAAUCAGGAUUUAUAUGGGGGCAAAUGGCUUCAUCGAAGCUUUGCAGCGGUUCUUGGAUUCUGCUGUUGAAGCUAGGAACGAGAUGGCUCAGGAAAUCGGGGCCAUGGCUCUCUUCAACGUUGGUGUAAAUAAUGACAGAAACAAAGAAAUGAUGUUAGCUGCAGGAGUACUUCCAUUGCUGGAAAAAAUGAUCACUAAUUCUAGGUGUAUUGGAGCUGUGACUGCACUUUACCUGAACCUUUCCUGCCUUGAAGAAGCCAAGCCUGCAGUUGGAAGCAGCAAAGCCGUGCCCUUCUUGAUCGGGGUUCUUCAACACGAAUCUGAUGUUCAGUGCAAACUGGAUGCUCUCCAUGCCAUCUAUAAUCUCUCCACCCACCCAACCAACAUAACACACCUCAUUUCGGCUGGGAUUCUAAACACUCUUCUAGCCUUAAUGACAUGCUCAUAUGAUGACGAGGAGCAUACAUGGACAGAAAAAUGCAUAACUGUUCUCAUAAACUUGACAUCAAGCAAAGAGGCACAGGACCAAAUCGUAUCAGCUCCCGGGCUCAUCAGUAGUCUGGGAUCGGUUUUGGACACAGGGGAGGCCGUGGAACAGGAGCAAGCUGCAGCAUGUCUUUUGGUGCUCUGCAAUGCAAAUGAGAAAUGCAGCCAAAUGGUGCUUCAAGAAGGGGUGAUCCCUUCUUUGGUGUCAAUGUCAGUGAACGGGACCGUGAGAGGGAAACAGAAAGCGCAGAAGCUAUUGAUGCUGUUCCGGGAGCAGCGACAGAAGGAGACUUCGCCUGUUAAAACGAGGCAACAGCAGCCUGCAGAACAUGUCGAUAACCCCAUCCCGAACCCCAACCCCAACCGCAACCCCAACCCCACACCCAACCCCAACGAGGAUCCAAAGCCAUUAUCCAAAUCAUCUUCCAGAAGAAAACUGGGGAAAGCCUGGACUUCCUUUUGGAAGACCAAGAGCUUAUCAGUGUACCAGUGAUAAGAUUCUUCUGCUCACUAAUCUGUAAAUUUAUAUAUUUCCUGUUCUAAAUUCUAAUGGGCAGGCAGGCAUUUAGUUGUCAGCAGCAGAAGAAGAAUGUGUACAGGCCUGUCUAGUUUAUAAGAUUUCUAAAGAUUAAUUUCUUCUUCGGCUUGCUC